GUGAAUUUUCAGCACAGGACGGACGAUGAUGAGCAGGGUCGCAAACAGCAGCAGCAGUGUUGGUGUUGUGGCAGUGCUGCUGGUUGUGGUGCUUGUUGUCGUUGUUGCUGUUGGAGGGAGCCAUGCGGUGGAGAAGGCACGUGAUGGAGACAAGGAAAGGCGCAGUUCUGGAGCUGGAGUGCAGGCGUUUGCUCCUCCCGCAAAGACCGACGUGUUUGCAGACGAACAAGGACAAGAUGCGGUUGCUUCACAACAAUCUGGCAGUGCUGCCGCUGACGCCAGAUUACCAAAGUACGGCCUGAUGCGGAUGGAGUGGCAAACACCGAUUUAUCACGUGGAGGCGAGGAGCUUCGACAGGGCUUUAAGCGACGACAAGCUGCGCACGCUACGACAGGUCGUCUUGGCCAACUUCAACUCGUUCGUCGAAGCACACGGCGAUGAACUGGUAAACAACAGCUGGGAACACAACGGCGUCAACGACGCCUUCUUCACUUGGCAGCGGGAAGGCGGCUGGGAGCGCCGGUUCAAGGACCACCCCAUCAUCCAGCGAUUGCAGCGCCUCUUUCACCUGGUCACAGACACAUACCUGCACGCCAUUGGCGUGUCUCAGGAGACGGUGGAGCAGCGUGAUCGGGAGUUGCAGGCAUGGGCCACAGUUCAUCGAGGGUGUAUGGGCCACCCACAGCACACUCACCCAAACAAUAUGGUAUCGGGAGUGUUCUACGUCGCUGUGCCCGAGGACGCGGGGCCAAUUGUGUUCUCUGACCCAAGGGGACCGUAUCCGGGUCUGGACGGCACGAUUGUGGUUCAACCAAAAGCUGGCGACCUCAUCUUGUUUCCAAGCUGGCUCCCGCACCAGGUCAUGCCCACCGCCUGCACGGAACCGCGCAUCAGCAUCGCCUUCAACAUGCCAGGCGACUGGGCCGACACAGCAUCAGUUGCUGCGCACUUUCCACUCACAUUCAACUGAUGCACACAUACACGCACAAACAUGCACACAGACACACAGACACACACACAAGCACACAGACACAAGCACACAGACACACACGCACGCACACGCACACACAGACACACAGAUACACAGACACACACACACACACA